UGGAAAAUCGCAUCGCAAGAAAUAUCUUUGUAAAAUUUUUAAUUUAUUACUAAAAAAAAAAGAGUAAUGGAAAGCUAUACAGCAAGUGAAGUAGCUAAGAACAACGGUAAAAAUGGUCAACCAUGUUGGAUAAUUAUAAAGGGUUCAGUCUAUGAUGUAUCAAAAAUGCUUAAAGAUCAUCCUGGAGGUGAAGAUAUAAUACUGGAUUGCGGUGGUAAGGAUGCGACAAAAGCAUUUAAUGAAGUGGGUCACUCAACAGAUGCAAUGCAAGAUAUGAAAUUAUACAAAAUUGGUGUUGUUGUGAGCGAUAACGUCAAAACCACGAACUCGUCACCUGUGAUAAAUAAUAUCUCAACAAAAGUAGAACCACAGCAACAAAAAUCAGCUCCAGCGGAAAAGGAAGGUUUUAAAUUAUUUUGUUGUUGUUAGUUUCUUGACUAUAUUAGAGAUAAAUAUGCAUUCGAUAGAAAAAGUGUAAUAAUUAGGAUAUACAUAUUAACAUAAAAGUUUUGUACUAUAUUA